AGACCCCGACCUGAGCCGGGCUCGGCGCCACCCCAGUGAGGGUGACAGCUCUCCGAGCAGCAUCCCUGGAGGAUGGAAGAGAAAAGAAUGCUGCGAGACUUCUUCAAAGAGGAGAACUUUACUAGUUCCAGGAAGGAGAGCACUGAAGGUGAUGUGAAGACAUUUUGGACACAGCUGGGAGGUAGAAGAGUGGAUGUCAUAUUUGAGCAGGUGCAAAAUGUGCUGUCGUUGCUGAAGGAAAAGAUCAAGAAUGGAACUGCAACAAAUCAAGAAUGCUGGCAGGCUUGGGCACUGGUGAAUGAAGCUAAUCUAGGUGAUCUCUUAACCUUGGCAAAUGUAAGCGAUGAGUUGAAUGGAGAUGGUGCACAGGAAUCCAAACCCAAACUGCAGCCUCUUCUUCCAGAUGACAAUGCUGCAGACACUGUAGAAGAUUCUGACAGUGAAAAAGAGGACAUGGAAAGAAGCUGCUCAGGGAAUAAAGAAGCAUCUAGCAAAACUCAAGGUUUACCUUUAAAUGUGCAGUAUCAGAACCACAAGUGCUCUAGUGCAUGUCUUGCCAACAGAGCAGUGGACUCCUACAAGGGUGAAAAUCCUCUGAAGAUCCCAAUCCUGUUUGACUUUCAGAGACGCCAUGCAAAAGCAGACUGCCUUUCGAAGUCACUGGAUGUAAAUUACAAAGCUCCUUGCGGUCGGAGUCUGAGAAGCUUUCAAGAUGUGCGAAAUUACUUGUUUGAAACAGAGUGCAAUUUUUUAUUUGUUGAUCACUUUUCCUUCAACACAUAUGUGCUUUUGGGCAGGAACACCAUGAAUCCCGAGCCCCUCGUGUUUGAGUUCGAUAUUAGCAACGGAGCCGAGUCUGUGCCCGUGUCCUUCUGUAACAAUCUCGACCACGCAAGAUUGCCUUAUUUCAAGUAUCGGAAGUCAUCGUGGCCACGUGGAUAUUAUCUCAACAAUUUCUCCAGCCUCUUUGUUGAUUCCUGUGACUGCACAGAUGGCUGCAUUGAUAGGUCAAAAUGUGCAUGCCUACAGCUAACAGCAAGAGGCUGUAGUAAAAUUUCUCUGUCUUCAAGUAGUAAAAGAUCCCAUGGAUACCGUUACAAAAGACUGGAGGGACCUGUUCCUAGUGGGAUUUACGAGUGUAAUGUGUUGUGCAGGUGUGACAAGCUGAUGUGUCAGAACAGAGUUGUACAGCAUGGCAUUCAAGUCAGGCUGCAAGUGUUCAACACAGAGAAGAAGGGCUGGGGCGUCCGCUGCCUGGAUGACAUCGACAAGGGGACAUUUGUUUGUACUUACUCAGGCAGAUUAAUGAGCAGAGCUGAAGUAUUGGGAGAUGCUGAGCAAGAGCUGAAGGAGAAAAGUGCAGUAAAUGACAGAGGCCAUGACUUUUCUUCCAAAAAAAGAAAACUAGGCAUUGAACGUUCAGACUCAGUGAUUGAACUAGUUCAGAGUGACAAAAAUGACAUUCUUGAGAAUCAGGAAUCUUUGUCUCAGACUGUGGAUAAUGAAAAUAAAUCAUCUCUAGUUCAUCUAAAGAAUUCAAGUAAUGCAGCUGUGGGAAGGCCUGGAACUAGAACACUUGUUUUUCGCAGUCACCAGCUAAAAAUGGUGCACAGUGCCAGCUCAGAUGAAGAUGAUAGUUCUCAGAUUCAUCAGUCAAGCAAAACAAAACUAACCAGAGGAACAAAGAAAGGAAAAGAAAAAUCCACCCAGCAGCAGAAGGGAGAACAUCUGAUGGAAACUGGACAGACUGACUCUGCUGGUGUAGAGAGUGCAGGAUGCAAAAGAAAGAGUCUGUCACUGCAGGGUGUUGAUUGUGGCACAUCCAGUGUUCUGGAUGACACAUGUGUUGUGAGGCCAUCCAACAAUGCACCCCUGAAAGGUGACUGCAAAGAAAAUAGCAGGCAGCCAAAACAAGAUGCACUUUGUGAGGAGUCUGAUGACGAUGGGAUGCUUCCCAAGAAUGCUAAUGAAGAAAAUAUUUAUAUACUGGAUGCCACAAAAGAAGGAAAUGUGGGUCGUUUUCUAAAUCACAGCUGCUGCCCAAAUCUCUUUGCACAAAGUGUGUUUGUAGAAACUCACAACAGAAGUUUUCCAUGGGUGGCAUUCUUCACGAACAGACUUGUGAAAGCUGGAACCGAACUCACGUGGGAUUAUGGUUAUGAAGCUGGAAGCAUGCCAGAGACAGAAAUUUCCUGUCAAUGUGGAGUUCAGAAGUGCAGGAAAAAAACCUUAUAGGCAAAGCUUUCCUACUGUCAACACAUCUUGUACCUAGGGAUUUAUAUGCUGGAAGGGAUGACUACUCAGCGAACAGCCCUCAAGUCCAUGGUGCUAAUUGCAUUCAACUGAAAUGCCUUUCACCUGACGAUUUUUUAAAGUCACAUUUAAAUGUCACUUUUGUAGUUUACAGAGUUAGAACUGUUUGUCCUGACAACAGGCAUCAAACCUUUCCUAGGUCAUUUCUGUUCUCCUGGUCUUCCUCCUCUCUGCUUCUAGUCCACAAGCAAAGGUCAUAGUGCACUGGAAGAAUUUCUGCUCCAUGCCAUCUGCAGCAGAGACUUGACUGAUGAGAGCAACAGUUCCUUGGUGCUUUCUGUGCCCCUCCACAGUGCUGAGUUAGCAAAACUCAGGUUUCUGAAACUCAUGAAUGCAAGACUGCCUAUCUUGGGCACUAGGAAUUGUUAAAAUACACCUAAGCCUGUUGGAUCUGGUGGGACAGAUAGUCCUGAACAGAGACAGAAUUAAACAGAACAGUUCUGCAGAGCUGUGUUUGUGCUACAAAAUGAGCUGGACAAGUCCUGCUGCAGCAGGAGGGAAAUGACUGGGUUUUUUUGGACUGCACUCCUCUCCACUUAGUGCCAUAUUGUGUAUGAGACAGGUGGGCCACAGAAUUCCUUACCACAUGGUUUGUUGGUAAGAGAGAAACAAGCUACUUUAGGAGACACAGAGUGCAGAUGCAGGAGGUGGCUCUGAAAUGGAACAAGGGAUGAGUGUGCAGGUGUGUGGCUUUUGAAUGUGUUGGAGCCUUGGGCAAGCAAGGAGGUGUCGCAGAUGAGCAAUUUAGAUGCUUUGGAAGAACCACUUCCAAAGGCUUCAAAUAAAGUGGUUUUAUUAAAAAUGUUGUAAAAGUAAGACUUAACAUAGUUUGACAGCAGAAUUUACUCUGUUACUGCAGAGGAUAUGAUAAUGAUUUAAAGUUACCAAUACAAAAUCUAGUGGCACCAUAGUACAAGGCUGUGUGUGACACUGGUUGCUUACCAAAGACCUGCAGCUGAUCAGGGGUCUCAGCCUAGAGGAGUAACAUCGAGAGCAUCCCAGCUCACAGGGAGAUCACUGCCAUCCAGCCAGCUGAUUAGCAUGAGAGCUAAAAAAAAAGGCUCACUCAGGCUGUCAUUUAUGGAAUAAAGUGGUUGGCUUGAAGUCAAAUUACCUUUGUUGGAGAAGGUAAACAUGAGAGUCUUGUACCUGCACCUUUCUUUGUUCCUUGUUAAAUGGGUCUUGGAAGAACUACCCACUAUUCAUGUGUUAAUUGCAUAGCUGGUAUUCCAGAUUCCAUGUCCAUAUGCCUCAGUGCUCACCAUGUCACCCUGCUCCUGUGGGAAUUUUCAGAGAAAUGGUUGGAACAAAUUAAGGUCUUGGCCUGGUUAUGUCCAAGCCUAUAUUACAAAAUGAAGGAGAAGCAGGAACCAGUUCUCAGCCCUGAGGACAAGAGGCAAUGGAUCUCUUAUGCACACAUGGUUUAGGAUUCUAUUUUAAUUGGGUUGUAUCUGUGCUGUGUAACUGUGGGCAAACAUUUUAUCUGUAGCCCUAAGUGGGUAUUUCUUUGUUUGUUUUGGAUACUUCAAGCUUAAAAAUCAUGGGGUUGUAUUGCAACACAGGAUGCACUUGAAUUUUUCAGGUUUCAGCAUGCAUGAGAAGUUUCAGCAGGUUAAAAGUGGACCUUUAAAAAGGUAACAGACCUGUGAACCAUUCUGCUUACAGUGAAACCUCAGAUCUUCUCUCCCACAGCUCUGUUUGAGAGUUUGACACAUCCAUCAAGCAAACCUCUCCCACUCAUCACACUCUGGGUUUGUGUAGGUUUUCACCACCCAUCUUCAGGGAUAAAUACAGAUGAGUGGGGUUACCCCAGUGUUGGAGCAGUACCUCUCCAGAAGGUCAGAGCCACCCACUCUUGCCCUGAUCAGUCCCCCUGUCACUGCAGCCCCUGGCUUAGCUGAAGACAGCACUAAGCCCAGUUGCUUUUUGCUUCAUUGAAGAUCUGUCUCUACGUAGAGGCAAUAUGCCUUGCGGGAAUAUCUUUCAAUGUUAACUAAAGACAUGCCAAAGUGUAUGACAAACCCACAGGUAACCCAGGAAUGGUACUAGCCUUUUAAACAAAAGAAAAUGCAGAAAACACCUGUGUCUCUGCUUGACUUGUAUGUGGAAAAGAAGAUGGGAAUAUUGUUAAAGCAUCAGGAGGGGGGAAAAGAAGGUACAUUUUACUGCUGUUGACUAUAUACUCCAGAUCAGUGGUAGGAAUUAAUGAUACUGGGCUGGUGAGGAAAAGCCGUGUUUCUUAAUGCAGGAAAACAGACCUGAUGUUUCAAAAGAGGCAGCACUUACUUGCUCCAUGUGGUCUGCAACUAUGUGAGAGCCUGCUGAGAGUGUAGAUGUCACAGAAGGCAUGUGUAUGAGACAGGGCUUUUUGGCUAGAUGGGUUUAUCAGGUCUGUCUCCAGGCUGGUGCUUCUUCCUUUUCCUCCUCCAGACCAGAGACCAUAACCUAUCCAUGAACAAAAUCACCUUACAAGGUGUGAUUUCUGCCUGUUUCUGUAGUAUUAUUAGAACAGGUGUCCUGCAGGUAUCCUCUGCAGAUAAUGACCACAGGAGUGCUCACCUGAGCUCUCUCUCUGCUCUGCUGACUGUUCCUCUGCUUGUGACAGAUCACAGAUGGGGAUAUUCUGAGCACAGUCCCUCAUGUCUCCCAUGCUUUAGCAGAGCAGUGUGUAGCACCGAGCACAAGCACUGAUGGAAAAACAGGUGAAGAUAUUCCAAAUGAAGUACUCAAAAGCACCUGUGAAAUUACACAUUUGGGACUUCUCAUCAGCCUGUUGGGGACAUCAUAAAUGAAGAGUGCCUAGUGGGAAUUAGUUGCAUUGAGAUGUGAAUCGCAGCUCUUACAGUGAGCAAGAUUGUCCCUAUGGAGGGUCAGUAGGGAUGUGAGGAUGUGUAUGGGCUCCAUGGAAAUAAAUAUUAGUGCCCAAGGUAAGCAUAUAAAUGCAAAGGCAGCUGAAGAUCACUUACGGCAUAAGUAUAAAAGAAACUGGACUGGA